AGGUGCCUGGGCCUGCUCAUUUAGUCAGUCUUGGUCACCAUGCUGGGGAGGACCUGGAAACUGUGCCUGCUGCUUCUGCUGGGGCUGGGGCUGAGGUCCCAGGAGGCCCUACCCCCGCCCUGUGAGAGCCAGAUUUACUGCCAUGGGGAGCUCCUGCACCAAGUUCAGAUGGCCAAGUUCUACGAGGAUGACAAGCAAUUUGUGGACAUGCCACUGUCCACAGCUCCAGAUCAGGUCCUGCAAAGCUUCCGUGAGCUCUUGGCCCAGGCCCCAAACCAAAGCAUCCCCCGGCCGCAGUUGCAGCUGUUUGUCCAAGAGCACUUCCAGGCCAAGGGGCAGGAGCUGCAGCCCUGGAGCCCUGGAGACUGGAAAGACAGUCCCCAGUUCCUGCAGAAGAUCUCAGAUGCCAAACUGCGGACGUGGGCGGGGCAGCUGCAUCAGCUCUGGAAGAAGCUGGGGAGGAAGAUGAAGCCAGAGGUUCUCAGCCACCCCGAGCGUUUCUCUCUGAUCUACUCAGAACACCCCUUCAUCGUGCCCGGAGGGCGUUUUCUCGAGUUCUACUACUGGGACUCCUACUGGGUCAUAGAGGGUCUGCUCCUCUCUGAGAUGGCCGAGACGGUGAAGGGUAUGCUGCAGAACUUCCUGGACCUGGUGAAAACCUAUGGGCACAUCCCCAAUGGUGGGCGCGUGUACUACCUUCAGCGGAGCCAGCCCCCGCUCCUGACCCUCAUGAUGGAUCGUUACCUGGCUUACACCAAUGACACUACCUUCCUACAGGAGAACAUCGAGACCCUAGCCUUGGAAUUGGACUUCUGGACCAAGAACAGGACCGUCUCUGUGAGCUUGGAGGGAAACAGCUACAGCCUGAAUCACUAUUAUGUCCCUUAUGGGGGGCCUAGGCCAGAGUCCUACAGCAAAGAUGAGGAGUUGGCCAACACCUUGCCAGAAGGGGACCGGGAAGCUCUCUGGGCCGAGCUCAAGGCGGGGGCCGAGUCUGGCUGGGACUUCUCUUCACGCUGGUUCAUCGGCAGCCCAAACCCGAACUUGCUUAGCAGCAUCCGAACCAGCAAACUGGUGCCUGUCGACCUGAACGCCUUCCUGUGCCAAGCAGAAGAGCUGAUGAGCAACUUCUACUCCCGACUGGGGAAUGCCUCCCAGGCCACGAAGUACAGAACGUUGCGGGCACAGCGCCUGGCCGCCCUCAAGGCCGUCCUGUGGGAUGAGGAGAGCGGUAUUUGGUUCGACUAUGACCUUGAGAACAAGAAGAAGAACCGGGAGUUUUACCCAUCCAACCUCACUCCGCUCUGGGCCGGGUGUUUCUCUGACCCUGGCGUCGUGGACAAGGCUCUGAAGUACCUGGAGGACAGCCAGAUUCUGACCUACCAGCAUGGGAUCCCGACCUCUCUCAAGAAGACAGGCCAGCAGUGGGACUUUCCCAAUGCCUGGGCCCCCCUGCAGGACUUGGUCAUCAGAGGCCUGGCCAAGUCACCUUCACCUCGGGCCCAGGAAGUGGCCCUCCAGCUGGCCCAGAAUUGGAUCCGAACCAACUUUGACGUCUACUCCCAAAAGUCAGCCAUGUAUGAGAAGUAUGACAUCAGCAAUGGUGGACAGCCCGGCGGUGGAGGGGAGUAUGAAGUCCAGGAGGGGUUUGGCUGGACCAAUGGAGUGGUCCUGAUGCUCUUGGACUGCUACGGUGACCGGCUGACCUCGGGGACCCAGCUGGCUUUCCCGGAGCCCUACUGCCUGGCUGCUGCCCUUCUGCCCAGCUUCCUGCUCAGCCUCCUGCCACGGUGACCGCCCCACAGCCCCAUCCACCCUCACCUCCUCACCUGGCCCCGGCUCCUGCCCCAUUAAACUCUGCGCCAG